ACCUAAUUACAAAAAGUGGUGCCGUAUCUUCUUGCUCCUUGUUCGACGAUUCAAUCUCCAUGGGUUUCUUGACGGCUCUAAGAUCCCCUCUUCCGCCGCCGACGACGAAUGGUUUCAACUAGAUGCUUUGCUUCAAGGAUGGAUCCUCUCUACGGUGACCGAUGAGGUCUCCGAUUUGGUCAUCUCCUCCACCUCAACGGCCUCCGGACUUUGACGGGUAAUUCAUUAUCUCUUCCACGACAACAAACCGGCUCGGGCCAUGCAAUUGGAACACCAAUUCCGCACUACGGUCAAAGGAACUAUGCCCAUGGCCACAUAUUGUCAAACUCUCCGGAACAUCGCCGAUUGGCUAGAUGACGUCAACGCCCCAGUCUCCGAAUCACAGCUGGUGCUCCAACUCUUACGGGGUUUACCGGACGAUCUCCAAGCCCAAACAUCUUGGAUGCAAUUUCAACAGCCCCAACCCAAUUUUCUCCAAGUCCAGUCGGUGUUAUUGCUUCUUGAACGUCAACGCUCACACUCGGUUGAGACUGGGACAGCCCUCGUCGCAGGCCGAACCGGCGGCCAGCCGGGUCCGAACCAGCAGCAGGAGCCGCAUGGCCGAACCAGCGGCAUGGCAGAACCGGCGGGAAACCGUGGCUACCCUGGCCGUGGUGGUGGCGGUCGCGGUGGUCACGGGCGAGGACCAAUGCCUGAAAAAAGUUCCUGGACCAGCAGCACUGGAAGUAGACAACUUCCAAAUGGAAGAUUUGAUCUCUUCCUCAUCAGGGAUUUUGGACAGAGACAGGAUUCCUAUUAUGAUGACUACUCCGUCAAUAAUGAACCUGAUUAUUAUCCAUACCAUGAGGAAUCACCAUACAAUACCCCGUCUCGGAGCUUUGGAUAUUCUCCAUACCAAGACAACUGUGGGGACUAUUAUGAACCUCAUGGUGAUCAAGAUGAUUAUGACCAGCAAGGGCCAAUGUACAAUGACCAGCUAGAUCCACUUAUUGAAGAGAUUUUGUGGACUGAGAAAAGAAUACUUAAUCUUGACCUAGCCUUAGUAAUGGAGUGUUCAUUAUUUGAACCACCCUAUUGCCGUGAUUACUCUCUGACUCGUGAAGAGCAAAUCGAAGCAAAUAGAGAUGCAAUCCAGGCGAGAGAACGAUUUCUCAAAAUAGUCAAAGAAGAACGCCAACUGCUCCAAACCCAGAAAGAUAACGAACAACGCGAAUAUUGGGAGCAUAUGCAAAAGAUGUUGGAGGACUUUAAGAAGGCUAUGGAACAACAAGAAGAGAUGGAGGAAAUUGUUGUUCUAGAAGAGGAUGAAGAAUCUGAGACAGAAUCUGAAACUGAAUCCAACAAUGUCUCAAUUCUUGAAUACCCACAAACUCCAUCACCACUGUAUAUCGAAAACAAGAUAACACUUGCAGAAAUGAUUGCACGAGGUACAGUGGUGAUGCUUCCUGAAAGCCCACGAAGUUUAAUCGUACAAGAUGUGAAGCCUACCGAGGGUCCUGUCUCGGAACCGCCUUCACCAGCUGCACCAGAAACGUUGGAGGAACCUGUCCUCCUAACAUGUGUUGAAGACACUUCUCCAGAGGAACCUGUUCUGGAGAAAUCUGAGCCCACCACCAACCCCCUUGAUACUGAUGAGUCUGAACAACCUAUAGACGAGGAACUACCCUGUGAUGCUGAGUCCAUUCCAUCUAUAGGAGUUCUUAAUAUUGAAGUCUCACCGGAGGAUUCAGACGAAGCCUUCUUUGACUCCCUACUUGACAGGUACAACCAUUCUUACCCGAAGGUAAGUUAUAGUCAAAUAAGCUCGGACGAACUUUUGAUGAGAGACACUGAAGACUCAGGGGAAGGUGAUGUCGUAAUCAUCGAACCACAAAUAGAAAGUCAGCCCAUUGGGGACUUGGAAAGUCAGAUCCUGGCAUUAAAGGCCAAUGAUGUGGAUAAACCAAGGAGACUCACACCACCAUCCAUCCAAGACGAGUCUCCUCCAUUUUUCUUGUUGCCACCAAGCCGCAAGAAUGAGUCAAAGAUCCUGGACUUUGACUGGAAAAGAACAGAACAAAGGUGGCAUCAGAAGAGAGUCAAAAAGGGCAGGAAGUACGGGCGUCCAACUCCCUGGGCGUCCAACUUUGGAUGCCCGUACCCAAAAUACGUGUUCCGUCCAGUCGCGUUGUGCCGCGUGGCAAGGCCGUGUCACCAGAUAGCUUGGGCGUCCAGCCUCUUCGGGCGUCCAACUUUGGACGCCCAGGACCCAAAUCCAGCGCCCAAUUUGCUUCCAAUUGCGGUUUCUCGUGAUUUUGGGCCCAAAGUUGUUCCGCAUCGGCCCAAUUGGCUCCCAGACACUGAUUUCUACCUCCAAAGUGUUAUGAUCUUUAAAAUCUGAAACUUUUUAUCCAAUUUGUACAUAAAAUUGACAAAUCCACUUAAUUUAAUUUAGAACUUGUAUUUUAUUCUUCUUAAGACAAAACAUCAGUUUUGUCACUAGUAGACACUUUCAAUGGGUAAAUUUAUUACUAUUUUCGUGCAAUAACGCUUAAAAUAUGUAGAAUAAAAUAAGAACAAAAUGAACUUAUCAAAUUCUU